CAUUAUGAAAGUGGCAGCAUUGACAUUCAGAAGAUUUUCUUCUCCAAUGAAUCUGUGGCAAAGGCGAUAUCCUUUGAUUAUCCUGAUUUCACCGUAGCAGUUCCUCCCGCAAACCUUUCAAUAUCAGGCCUUGAUAGUGAAAUGUCCUACAACCCUGAUCAAGAAACUACUAGGAUUGUAAGUUGUAUUGCGGCUUAUACUAGACCUCUUCCAGUCUUCCACUGGUCAAUAGAGGACCACUAUCUGAACCUAAAUAUGACCGUCCUACAACAAACUAAAACUGAAGUCAUCUUUCCCAAGAAUUCCUAUCCCGCAGGAAAAGCCUGGAUAGUGACCCAACCUAUAAGAUUCACAGUGAAUCCUCAAUACGAUGGCAAGGAACUUCUUUGUACAGUUGAGCACAUGGGGUACAACGCGUCUGUAACAGAGGAGGAGAGAACAGUCGGUGCAUUCAUGACUGUUAAAGGACCCCCGAUACCAGCAGAAGAUACUUUGAAUAUACAGGGUGAUUUUAUUAUGGGAGAACCUGCCACCCUGUAUAUACCUUUCCACGCUUAUCCAGUUCCUACAAAGAUGGUCUUCUACCUUGCAGAUAUGGAUAUGCCUUUGACCGUUGGCCAGGGAGCAGUAAAUACCACCGAGGCGGGUAGAUACAGUACAGAGGGAUGGGUGCAGCAGGAUGUUUCUAUUGUUAGUCGCAAUUUGUCAAACUUUGUUUUUGUGAUUUACAGUUACAAAGAUAUGAGUACUUAA